GUGUGUGUGUGUGUGUGUGUGUGUGUGUGUGUGUGUGUGUGUGUGUGCGCUGCCUGGGCCCCUUUGUGUGUGUGUUUGUGCGCGUGUCCAUGCGACGCCUUUGUCCUCCUUUGUGCGUGUAUAUGUGUCUAUGAUAGAUGUCAGGAUCUUUUGUGCGAAUGCAUGCAUUUGUGUUUGUGGGGCACAGGUGUGUCAAAUGCCUGGGUGUUCUGGGCAUGGGGGUUUUGUAGACAUGUGGAAUUUGACUCUGUCGGUACAUGUCUUUGUGUCUAUAUCAGAUGCCUGGGUUCUGUACCUGUGCUUCUGUAUCCCAAACUCCUAGGUCCCAGCUGUGCCUACACUGCUUUCCCUAUGGCAUUAUCCCAGGUUCAGAGCUGUGUGUCUGCACCCAAUGAGGCCCUACUAAGGGGUGGGGAUUGGGGGUUGCCCCCCAAACUCGCCCCCCUCCCUUCUAACUCCCCCCCCCUCCUCCUGCAGAGCCCAGAUGGAGCACACCUGACCUGGGAGCCCCCCUCAGUGACAUCCGGCAAGAUCAUCGAGUACUCGGUGUACCUGGCCAUCCAGAGUGCAGGGGCAGGGCCUGAGCCCAAGGGGGCAGGGCCAGGCCCAGCUGGCGGUGCAGGGCCAGGGCCAGCCCAGCUGGCCUUCAUGAGGGUCUACUGUGGGCCAAGCCCCUCAUGCCUGGUGCAGUCAGGCAGCCUGUCCAGUGCCCAUAUUGACUACACCACCAAGCCGGCCAUUAUCUUCCGUAUUGCUGCCCGCAAUGAUAAGGGCUAUGGCCCUGCCACCCAGGUGCGGUGGCUCCAAGAGUCCAGCAAGGAUGGCUCCAUGGCCAAGCCAGCAGGCAAACGCCCACUCUCCUCCCCCGACAUGAAAUCUGCUCCAAAGAAGCCUAAGGCCGAGGGGCAGUGAAGGACCCCUACAACACCACCCCAGGCAGCUCACAGCACUGGCUCAAAGGAUGGAACCUACCCCCCUGCUCCAUGGGGGGCAACAAGAGCUACACCUCCCAGAAGGGGCUGGGGAGAGGCUUUUCAGUGGGUGGGCUGGCUGGAAUUAAGUUCUUUUGUACUCCCCUCCCCCACCUUGGGGUCCCCCUUCCUUUGUACGGGGGGGGGGGCAGAGAUAUUGCCAUGACAAGUCCCCCCACAUCCAAGCUGGGGUUCCUAUUUGCCUGCCACCUGAGGAGGCUGUGAUUUGAGGGUGGGGUCUAAGCUUGGACCCUGCUCCCGUUGUCCUUCUGGGGAGUGCCCCCCUUUCUCCCUCAGACACAUUUUUUGUAUAAAACCCCCGUUUUUUUAGGAAAAAAAAAUUAAAGGAAAAAAAAAAAAAAGGUCUGUAAGGGGUAGGGGCGGGGACUCCCUACUUGGCUCCGCCCCCUUUCGGUCCAACCCCCGUUUUGUAUUAUAGUGUAUUUCGCUGUGGACGCCCUGUCCCCAGGCCUCGACCUCCGCCCCUCCCGGGACAGGCCCUGCCCCCUCCCCGUGCCGUCGUAUCUGUCGUUUUUGUGCUAUUUUGAACAAUUAAAGACAUUUUUUUGAAGUAAA